CUAAGUUUAAUUAAGCUACUUAUAAUAAGUAGCUGCAAUUGGGUUUGAUCAUCAACUUUUCUAUUAAAUUUUGCCCACAAAAACAAGAACCAAACUUAUUUAUUAUAGAAUUAUUUUAAGAAAUGGGUCACCAUUCUUGCUGCAACCAACAGAAGGUCAAGAGAGGUCUUUGGUCACCUGAAGAAGAUGAAAAGCUCAUCAGAUACAUCACUACUCAUGGCUAUGGCUGCUGGAGUGAAGUUCCUGAAAAAGCUGGGCUGCAAAGAUGUGGAAAAAGUUGUCGCUUAAGAUGGAUUAAUUAUUUAAGACCAGAUAUUAGAAGAGGGAGAUUUAGUCCUGAAGAGGAGAAGUUGAUUAUUAGUCUUCAUGGAGUUGUUGGUAAUAGAUGGGCUCAUAUAGCAAGUCACUUGCCAGGAAGAACAGACAAUGAGAUUAAGAAUUAUUGGAAUUCAUGGAUCAAGAAAAAGAUAAGAAAACCUUCAGUAAAUCAAACUCCAACAAUUACAAGUGAUCAUAAUUCACAUAUAAAUUAUGCCUCAAACCAAUUAGAUUUGGCCAAUCAAGAUCUACCACAUCAUCAAAUUCAAGAAACCAUAUUCUCAUCUUCAGCUCCCUUAUUCAUGUUUGACACCAAUACUACUACUACUACUACAAUCGGAGAUCAUGCUACUAAUGUUCGCGGCGAGCUUUAUUAUGAUUUAAACGCGGAAAAUUGGAAUUCGAACCAAUAUAAUCUUCUCCAUCAUCAUCAUCACCUACAAACUCAACCGCUUCCUCCACAUUUUAGUAAUGGAAUGGAUAUAAAUUAUUUGCCACCAUUAGUUGAAAAUAUGGAAAAUUUGGUGGUGCCAAUGGGAAUGAAUAAAUCUUGUAGCAUUGAUGAAGAAGGGGAGAUAAUUGGGUUGGGUUGUUCAUCACAAAGGCAAGAACUUAAUGAAUGGAUUGAAUCACAACAAUGUUCAAAUUUUAUGUUUUGGGAUAUUAAUGUUGAAGGAUCAGUACUUGGUGGAGAAGAAAUUGCACCAAUUAAUUCUUCAAAUAUGGGAGCUACACCUACACUCUCUUCUUUCCCUUCUUCACUAUAAGUUUUUAUUUUAUUUUAUUUUCUCCAUUGAUUGAUCUUUUUUUCUUUAACUAUAUAGAGCUCUGAAAAAUCAAUGGUCCAGGCUUUUGAGAGAUUUUUUUUUCUUUAAUUUUUAGGGGAAAUAAAUUUAUCUAUAAAUAAUUAUAGCACAUUUGAAUAUAUAUUAUGAUCUUUAAAUUUUGAGAGUUUUUCCAUCGUUUUUUUAUCAUUUACAAAUAUAUCCAUACGUAGUUUGCAAUUGACAUGACACGAUGUUGUAAUGUGCCAAUUAUAAUAAAUUUUGUACACGUGGACAUACAUCAUUAUGCCAUGUCAUCUCUUUACUUGUCGUGGGUAUAUUUAAUAUAUAUCGAAAAAAGAUGGACCAAGCUAGCAAGGUUUAAGGAUUUUAAUUUAUUUGAAAAUGAAUUAUAAUUUUCGAUAGAUAUAUUCAUUUUGCCUAACUUGGCGAGAUUGUAAAAAAUGUGAGGUAAUUCCAGUUUUAUACAUAUAAAGUAUUGUUGAAUGUUCUCUUGAUCAGUUUAAAAGAUGAUUGAAUAAUAAAGGCAACAAGUUGCAAAGAGUUUGAUUGAUAGUAAUGAAAAUGUGAUGAUGCUUAACCUUCA